AUGAACGUCGUAAAGAUAUUAGCUUCAUUUUCCUUCUUUCCAUUUGUUUCUUUAUUAAGGUUGGUUGUUAUAGUCGUCAUUGAUGUUGAUGGUAGCAGUGGCAUUCGUUUCUUUCUUACUUCUUUCCUUUGUUGCGUUGCUAUGACAACUAGAGAUGGGUUUAAUUGCUACUUGUCGUUGGCAGGUAUUCAUUCCACGAAUGCUUUUUCUUCUAGCAGAUCAAGUCGACCUGAUGAGGACGCAGUCGUUUCUUUUUCUUUAUUCUUGAACUGCUCGCUCACACAAUUCACAGCUGAAAUUUCCAUUUCCUUCUUAUUGCAUUUUUUAUUCGUUUUUCUGUUCCAAUCUUUUUGUUCGUUCCCACUGUCAUCCACCUGCAUUUUUCAUUUAUUUUUAUUUUUUCCAUCGUCCCUUUUCUCUUCCAUCCUUUCUUUCUUGCAUCUUUCUUUCUUUUCCUCUAUUUUCUCCUUGAUUUCUUUAAUUUUUAUUUCUGUCUAUCUUUUGUUUUAUUUUCAUUCUCUAACUUUUCUUUAUUUCGACUUUGAAUUUCUUUCUCUCCCAUAUUUGCUAUACAUUUUUUCCUUACAAUUCAUUUCUUUUUUCUUUUCAUUACUAUUAUCCUUCUUUCCCACUUUCCGUUUCCUUCCUUUCUUUCCUAUUCCCUUUAAAUUUUCAUUUUGUUCCUUUUCUUUCUUCCUUCAUUUGUCUUCAUUAUUUUUUUUCUUUUACUUCAACAUCUUUAUCAAUUCUUUUCUUAAUUUAUUCAUUUUUAUUUAUUCCUAUUUUGCUUUUUUAUAUAUUUUUCUUCGUUUCCUUUAUGCUUUCUUUUUCUAUUUAUUUUCCGUUUUCGUUAUUUAUUCUUCUUUUUCUUUUUUUUCGUUUCUUUCUUCGUUUUACCGUCCAGUCAAUUUUAGUAUUUUGUAUUUUUCAAAUCUUAUUCUUUCUGUUUGUUUUAUUUUCAUUCACUAUAUGUCAUUUUGUCUUUUGCAUUCUUUCCUCAUUCUCUCUUUUAAUAAUGCUUCUUCGUUAUGCUUCAAAUUUUCCUUUCUUUUCCUCCCAAAUCUCAUUCUUCAUAUUCUUACAUUUUGUCCAAGAGAAUCUCUCCGUCCUUUUUCUCUUUUUUAUCUUUUGAUCACUUUUACCCUUUUUCUUUCUUUCUUACCUUCGUUCUCUUUCACGAUAUUUUCCCCCUUCUCUUUCUAA